GUGCUUCGGUGCUUGCUUAUGGAAGCUUCUGCUCGAGCGCGGUAGGUUUCGGUUGGAUUGUUGAGGCCGUGGUGACGGUUUCAGUUUGGGGGAAGCGGGGUUUCGCGGGGAUGGUGCUGAGGUACGGAUCGCGCGCGCGCGUGGGCGCGCAGAAUCGGGCAAUGCUGGGGGCGCCGCGGUGUCGGUUGCGCGCGCGGGUGGGGGUUUCGGUUAUUUUUAGUGCGCGGCGCUGGUGUUCGUAGUUCGAACCCUCAGCUGCGGCCUCAGUUUGGAGUGUGUACACCGAUUUCGCAACGGUUCAUUGAAAAUAUAUGCAUUUGGGUACUCGUCGGAUUGAAGAAGCUGCUCCUGUGUGGUUUGGGCGCUGUGUCGGGUGUCAAAGGCGAGGCCUUUGAGCGCAGUUGACACGACCGUGUCUGCAGGAUUGCCUCAAUUGACGUGCUUUAGCAAUGCCGGUGCGUUUGGUGGAGGUGCAGAGUACUUUCGAUUUUGCUUUUUGUAACUUUCUGAUCUUUGGUGGGUUUAUCAUGGGUGGUAACUAGUGAUUAAUGAUCAGAGGUGGUUACUAGUGAAGAAUGAGCAUCUCAAUUGGGAAAGGCCAGAGUUUUCCUUGGAAGAUAGGAAAGGUUUCUUAGUGGAAUAGUUUGGUUUUGGGAAGGAGCACGUGAAGAUGUGGUCAGUUGAUUACAGUUACUAUUUAGCCCAGGCAAUGCUGCUGUGAUUGUGCUGUCGGUUCUUCUUUAAGGUUUGAGUAAGAGAUGGUGUUGGGGACUAGGGCCACAAUUUUAUUUUGUGGAUGCAAAUUGUUUUGCGGAGGUUUCCAAUAUGGGCAAGGAAUUGGUGUUGUUUCUGAGUGGAAAGGUCAGACUUUAUGUGUUCUUGGAGGCAGUUACAUGGGGUUUUUAUUGUUCUGAGCCUUUUGGGGUUUCUUUUGUCUCACCCUUGCAAUGCUGACAUGUCUUCCAUGGAGAUGGACAUUUUUGUGUGCUCCUGUGUAUCUUUUUGGUAGGAUAAUCUUGAUAUGAUUUUCUGGAUCAUGGAGUAUAAAGGUUUUUGGAGGAUAGGUGAUGUAUUUUGUGAGGUUGUCCAUUUUAGAAAGAACGAUGGAGAGAGGCGACAAACUAAUUCACGGAUACUUAUAUUUUUGGAGGACACAUGAGAAUAUAGGUGGGAUAGUUUGCGUGCUAGUAUUCUUGCUGCAGCCUGCACUUCUGCUGUCUCCGAGGACAGUUGUAAUAAUGUUCUUGUGCUUUGAGAAUCAGUAGUAGUUGAUCAAUGGAUCAUCAAAGUUGAAUUUGCUUUACUUAUCCUGGAUAAAAUUCUACAUAUCCUAUCUCUGUGAUAACGCUGAGGUUGGCAACAUUGUAUCUUGCUUUACUACUCAUAAUUAGUCCCAUUCUCUUGUCUGCCCUUGCAUGGUGUUUGUGCAACAGAAUUGCUAAAUAUUUGUAGUGUGACUGAUAAUCCUUUUGUUGUUACUGCUGAUAUGAUUCACGACUUCCGUAUUUUCUGAAGUAACGUCCACAGUUUCUCUUCCCAUAGCAUGAAAGAAUAUAUUAGAAGUUGUUUAAUGUUUAUCAAUUCGGUGGUCCAUCAUUCCUUUUGAUUAUUGUACUUCCCAUUGUUAUGCACUGGUAGUUAAACUAGUUUUUAGCACACUUUUAAUAUUUGCUGUGUUUUUAGGGGUUGUGUACACACUGACGAAAAUCAGUUUUGCCUUUUGUGUUUGAUAAUGCUGUAAUGGAAGCGAUUGAAGACCUUUUUUUGUGGAAAGUACUAAAUUUUAGCCUUUAUGUUGUAAUUUCUGUUGUUUUGUGAUGAUAUUUAUGGGUACAUGGUUCUCUUUAAACAUUCGACCCAAGUUUUUGAUGGCCUGAUCACCUGAGAUAGUAGUCCUGAUCUAAUGCCUCGGGCGGCCAUGAAGGUGACACCAUUGAUUGCCAGGGGUGGCUCCUGUGCUGCAGGGGAGGGUUCCUGUUCUGCAGGCAAGAGCUCCUCUUCAGCCGCUGCAGUCCCUAUCGCUGUCGCAGCUGCUGUCUUCGGGCCCCAUGGGGCUGAUGAAGAGGCGAUGUGGCAGAUGAAUUUAGGGGAACCUGUGGAAUCUGGGCCAUAUCCAGAGCGUGUUGGAGAGCCAGAUUGUAGUUAUUACAUGAGGACUGGCUUGUGCAGGUUUGGGAUGACCUGUAAAUUUAAUCAUCCAGCAGACAGGAAGCUGGCUGUUGCUGCUGCAAGAAUGAAGGGAGAAUAUCCUCAAAGAAUUGGCCAGCCUGAAUGCCAAUACUAUCUAAAGACCGGCACGUGCAAAUUUGGAGCAACUUGCAAGUUUCACCACCCCCGAGAUAAGGCUGCAAUGGCAACUCGAGUACAGUUGAACACUUUGGGCUACCCUCUACGGCUGAAUGAAAAGGAAUGUGCUUAUUAUUUAAGAACAGGGCAGUGCAAGUUUGGAAGCACAUGCAAGUUUCACCAUCCACAACCAUCUAACACAAUGGUUGCGGUACGUGGCUCUGUUUAUUCACCUGGACAGUCUGCGACUUCUCCUGGCCAGCAUGCUUACCAAGGGGGGGCUGUAACAAGCUGGCCCUUGUCAAGAUCUGCUUCUUUCAUUGCAAGUCCAAGGUGGCCAGGUCAUUCAAGCUAUGCACAAGUGAUUGUUCCUCCAGGGCUUGUUCAGGUCCCAGGGUGGAAUCCUUAUGCUGCGCAGAUUGGUUCUUCAUCCUCAGAUGACCAACAACGGACGCCUGGAGCUGCCCAAUACUAUACUGGCUCACGCCAGGGUGAAACACCUGGCAUGGGUGAUCAAGGAAUGUUUUCAACUUACCAAGCUGGUUCUGUUCCUGUUGGACUUUAUGCAGUACAGAGGGAGAAUGUAUUUCCAGAGAGACCUGACCAACCUGAAUGUCAGUUCUAUAUGAAGACUGGAGACUGUAAGUUUGGUGCCGUAUGCAAGUUUCAUCAUCCCAAGGAGCGAAUAAUUCCUUCCCCCAAUUGUGCGCUGAGUUCUCUAGGUCUACCUUUACGCCCGGGAGAGCCCAUAUGCAGUUUCUAUUCUCGCUAUGGCAUCUGCAAGUUUGGUCCAACUUGCAAGUUCGAUCAUCCAAUGGGAACCGUCAUGUAUGGCCUUGUUCCAUCACCAACUAGUGAGGUCCCAAUUGCUCGACGCAUGCUGGCACAUGUACCAUCACAUUCAGAAGUGUCGCCUGACAAUGGCUCCGGGAGGUCUCGGAGGAUUACCCAUUCAGAUUCCCAGCAAAUACCCUCUGGUGAAAGAAGCACCGAGAGAGAGGCGUCCUAAGCCAUCCUCGGUGCCAUGUCCAUGCUGCUUCCAAUUCUUAACUCGAGUAAUUACCCGCAACAACAUUUGAGAAGCCGAAGUUGUACAGGUCUUUUGCGCUUUUGCCUCACCUUUGAGCUUUACAUACCGGAGCUUGCUUCAACAUGUAUUGCAUUCAGGCAGGAAAAAGUUCUUGCCUGUUCGGGAUGCUCAUUUGCCUAAUGAAAACGGGACAAACCUUAUUUAAACAUAUGUAUGGAACCAACUCACCUCUGGACAUUGGAUUCCAUUCGAGUAAUAUGUCAUGAUCGCUUUGUUGUAGUUAUAGAGGUGCGUUGCAAUGAACGAAGCUUCUGUGAAACUGACUGGGGAAAUAGCCUCCACUUCUGUUAAUUAUUUCGCUUUUCUUUACCAUUUCCAUAAGAGCAACCAGCAUCAAAAGUUGAAGAUGCGGGAAUAAUAUGUUGCCGUCAUACGCUUUGUAUAAUCUUGCAUAUUUAAACCCACUUAUUUGUUGC